CAUCCAACGGCUGAGGAUCGAUCCCAGCCACCCCGCCUCAUCUGAGCCGUCGGAUUCAGCAGCGUUGCCCCAUUUGCUUUAUGAGCCUCUUUCCUCUUGUAUGCAUCAAAAUAAUUCGUGUUAAACGCUGAAGGUUGUCUAUUCAUCUCUCUCUCUCUCUUCCCCCCAUCUGCAAAUCUUCGUCUCUCUCCCUUAGAUGAGUUCCGGUUAUGGAAUAUGGUGAUCAUCUCUUCUAAAUGGCAAUGUUGCUCUUGGAGGGCUGGCUAGAGACCUAGCACCAUCAAUCUCUCUCUCUCAGAAGCCCUCAUUCCGACAGACAUUUUCCUUGGAGUACCAGUUGGGAGAUCGGCCUCGGCUUCGUCAGAUGUCGGUGCCGCAAUGGGUGGAGCCAUUGCUGAGCACCACAUUCUUCACCACCUGCUCGACGCACGGGGACGCGGCGAGGAGCGAGUGCAACAUGUACUGCUUGGACUGCAAUGGCGGAGACGCGAUCUGCUUUUAUUGCCACUCGUCGCGCCACAAGGAGCACCAAGUCCUUCAGAUAAGGAGAUCUUCAUAUCAUGACGUGGUGAGGGCUUCGGAGAUUCAGAAGGUGCUGGACAUAAGCGGAGUCCAGACAUAUGUGAUCAACAGCGCGAGAGUCAUUUUCUUGAACGAGAGGCCUCAGCCAAAAUCUGGGAACAGAAUUGCUCAUGCGUGUGAGGUCUGCAGAAGGAGCCUCUUGGACUCUUUCAGGUUCUGUUCAUUGGGUUGUAAGAUUGCAGGAAUGAAGAGAAAUGGGGAUGAUCCAAGAAGCUUUACCAUGGAGGCCAAUAAUGAUGAGAAGACAGUUGGGAAGAUUAGAGAAGGCAGAAGCUCAAGGAGGGUCUUGAGGGAGAGAGAAGAAUUGCACGAGAGCUCAAGAAGAGACAAGAACCCACCAAAGUCUCUUCCACUCAUUCCUUCGAGUGCAAGGAGAAGAAAAGGCAUCCCUCAUAGAGCACCAUUUGGGUCCUAAUCAAAGUGUAGGCAUUUUCAGCUCCAAAAGCCAAAACUCUAUUGUCAUAUGAACCUAACUUGGCUCAUAUAAGCUAAAGAAUAGAGAGAAAAGAGAGAGAGAGAGAGAUUCCUCUGUUUUUUUUUUCUCUUUUGAAGGAGGUGAUGGUCACCGUGUCCAAAGAGCAAAAGGGCAUGUUAUAAGUCCUGCCUUUUUGAGUUCUUUGGGGUCCCCAAAUGACAACAAAUUCCCCCUUGAAUAAUGCCACGAUUUGCUGUGUGUUCGAAAUUGCAAGUUGUAGACACCGUUAAGAUAUUGUGAGAAAGUCUCCUUUGUAAAGUCCAUUUAGCAUAUAGAUAUGUAUACAAAGAAAAUAUUUCAUGUGGCCCCCUCGAACACAUGGGCAGUUCACAAAA